UUAUUUGUUUACACUGUGGAGGUUUUUGCCAAAAAAAAAGAUACAAGCCUGAUUAUAUUCGUUUGGUAAUUUGCAGACACAGCAAUGAGUGGAGAUACAAAUAGUUGUAGAAUAGAAACAGAUAGUUUUGGUGAGAUCCAGGUACCUUGUAACAAGUAUUAUGGAGCAAACACAGCACGAUCUGUCAUUAAUUUUGAUAUUGGUGGAGAAUCCGAACGAAUGCCUCUUCCUGUUAUAAAAGCAUUUGGAAUAUUAAAGAGAUCUGCUGCACUAGUCAAUAAAAGCUAUGGUUUAGAUUGGACUGUUGCUAAUACUAUUGUACAGGUUUGUGAAGAGAUAAUAAAUGGUAAACUUGAUGAUCAUUUUCCUCUUGUUGUGUGGCAAACAGGAUCUGGUACUCAGACUAAUAUGAAUGUAAAUGAGGUUAUUAGUAAUAGAGGAAUUGAGAUAUUAGGUGGUGUUAUGGGUAGCAAAACACCUGUACAUCCUAAUGAUCAUGUUAAUAUGUCACAGAGCUCCAACGAUACAUUCCCUACUGCCAUGCAUAUAUCCGUUGCAAUAGACAUAAACCAAAGACUUCUUCCUGCCUUAUCUACACUACAUGAUGCCUUAAAUGAAAAAGUUAAAGAAUUCCAGGAUAUUAUUAAAAUUGGUAGAACUCAUACCCAGGAUGCAGUGCCUUUAACUUUAGGUCAAGAGUUUAGUGCCUAUGUUCAACAGAUUAAAUAUGGAAUAUCAAGAAUAAAUUCUACUCUUCCCCAUUUAUAUGAACUAGCAGCUGGAGGAACAGCUGUAGGAACUGGUUUAAAUUCUCGAGUUGGUUUUGCUGAGAAAGUUGCUAAAGGGAUAGCAGAAUUUACAGGUUUACCAUUUGUAACAGCCAGUAAUAAAUUUGAAGCUCUGGCAGCACAUGAUGCAUUAGUUGAAGUUCAUGGUUCCUUGAAUGUUGUUGCUGUUAGUUUAAUGAAGAUUGGUAAUGACAUUAGAUUUUUAGGCUCUGGGCCGAGAUGUGGACUUGGUGAAUUGAGUCUUCCUGAAAAUGAACCUGGAAGCAGCAUCAUGCCAGGUAAAGUGAAUCCGACCCAAUGCGAAGCCUUAACAAUGGUGGCAGCACAAGUGAUGGGCAAUCAGACGGCUGUUUCUAUUGGUGGAAGUAAUGGACAUUUUGAAUUAAACGUCUUUAAACCAAUGAUGGUCAGAAAUGUUCUCCAGUCAACCCGCCUUUUAGCAGAUGCGUGCAAUUCAUUCAGCAGAAACUGCGUAAUUGGUAUUAAAGCCAAUCGUGAAAAAAUUAACCAAAUUUUAAAUGAAUCUCUGAUGUUAGUGACAGCUCUGAAUCCACAUAUAGGUUAUGAUAAUGCUUGUAAAAUUGCCAAAUUGGGACAUGCUGAGGGGUUGACCUUAAAACAGGCAGCUUUAAACCUUGGUUUAGUAACAGAAGAACAGUUUAAUGAAUGGGUGAUUCCUCAAAAUAUGUUGGGACCAAAAUAACGUUCACAUUAGAUAGGUGUAUUAAUUCAAGCAAUUUCUGAAUCUGUUGCAGGCAUGGUCAACAUGGAUUUGCUUUGCCAGCUUUUGAAGCUUUUGAUCUUUUUAAUCGGCUCACAUUUGCAACAUUUUAUUUCUGGUCUGCCUAACCGUUGGACUGUGAAGCGUGGAAAGAAAUAUAUAUUCACUAAUUGUUAUAUUGUUAUUUUUGUUAUUGCCAUUACUGCCAUAUGUAUGAGAACAUUGCAUUGUUUGUCAUACAUACAUUUUACUGAAUCUUCUAUUCCACUUUUUAAAACUCCAUUUCCAACAUUCAGGAAGAGGGUACAAUGUUUUUUGCAAUAUCUUUUUUGUAUUCUUGUUGGAGCUAAUUCAGAGAUAUAUAUAUAUAUAUUUUAAUUUGUAUAUAUUAACUAAUAUAAGUCAUCAACUGUUGACAUUUAAUAAAGGUUUAUUUGUGAUUACCAGCUAGUAAUGUUAAUAAAG